AUGCCGUGCAGCGGGGGCACCCGCAGUCCUCCGCCCCCCCCCUCCAAGGCUCUUCUUGCAGCUUUUCCCGCAGGAAAAAGCCCCUUCUGCGCUCCGACCCCCCGGCCCCACCGGCAGAGCCGAAAUGCACCGACACAGCCCCCAAACGGAGACCCCAGCCUGCGCUGGAUGUCGCCGUGCUCUGUGCCGCCCUCGGGCACCGCGUUCUCUCCGCUCAUUUGGGCACAGUGUGGCUCUGGGGUCCUCGAGGGGCUGCCCAGCGUGUCCCCAAGUGCGACACGGGGCUGCUCACGGGGUGCACGUGGCACAGACCUCGUGCUGCUCACAUGGCAAAUCCUCGUGCUGCUCACAGGGUGCUCAUGGCACACAGUUUGCACUGCUCACAGGGUGCUCAUGGCACACACUUUGUGUUGCUCGUGGAGCACACGUGGCUCAGGGCUUGUGCUGAUCAUGGGGUGCAUGUGGUGCGCACACUGCUGCUCACACAGUGCUCAUGGCACGGCCCUCGUGCUGCUCAUGGGGUACACAAGGCACAAUCCUCGUGCUGCUCAUGGGGUGCUCAUGGCACACAGUUUGUGUUGCUCAUGGAGCACACGUGGCUCAGGUCUUGUGCUGAUUAUGGGGUGCAUGUGGCACACACACUGUGCUGCUCACUGGGUGCAUGUGGCACAAUCCUCGUGCUGCUCACAGGGUGCUCAUGGCACACAGUUUGUGCUGCACCUUGGGUGCACGUGGCAUCCUUCUUGUGCUGCUCAUCGGGUGCACGUGGCACAGACCUUGUGCUGCUCACAGGGCACACAUGGCACACACUUUGUGUUGCUUGUGGAGCACACGUGGCUCAGGUCUUGUGCUGAUCAUGGGGUGCAUGUGGUGCACACACUGUGCUGCUCACACAGUGCUCAUGGCACGGCCCUGCUGCUGCUCAUUGGGUGCAUGUGGCACAAUCCUCGUGUUACUCAUGGGGUGCAUGUGGCUCAGGUCUUGUGCUGACCGUGGGGUGCAUGUGGCACACACACUGUGCUGCUCACAGGGCACACGUG